GUCCCUUCUCCCGACGGCCGGGGCCCAACCCCCACCAUGCCCCCCGCGGGGCUCUGUGGGGCUGCGCCUCUCGCUGCAUUUGCCUUCUUGGUGCUGGGGAGUCCCCUGGCGCUGGCCGGAGAGGACUGUCUGUGGUACUUGGAUCGAAAUGGCUCCUGGCAUCCAGGGUUUGACUGCGAGUUCUUCACCUUCUGUUGCGGGACCUGUUACCAGCGGUACUGCUGCAGGGACCUGACCUUGCUCAUCACAGAAAGGCAGCAGAAGCACUGCCUGGCCUUCAGUCCCAAGACCAUAGCAGGCAUCGCCUCAGCUGUGAUCCUCUUUGUCGCUGUGGUUGCCACCACCAUCUGCUGCUUUCUCUGUUCCUGUUGCUACCUGUACCGCCGGCGCCAGCAGCUGCAGAGCCCAUUUGAAGGCCAGGAGAUUCCGAUGACAGGCAUCCCAGUGCAGCCAAUGUACCCAUACCCCCAGGACCCCAAAGCCGGCCCUGCACCCCCACAGCCUGGCUUCAUGUAUCCACCUAGUGGUCCUGCUCCGCAGUGUCCAUUUUAUCCAGCUGGACCCCCCAUCUACAAUCCUGCAGCUCCUCCCCCCUACAUGCCACCACAGCCCUCUUACCCUGGAGCCUGAGGAGCCAGCUGUGUCUCCACUGCCCCUCCAGUGACAUCAGCCUUGGGAGAUGCUUCAUCCUCUCUACCUGCAUCUGACCUUGGGGGUGGGCAGGGGUCCUUUAAUCAUCAGACCCCAGAACAAGUCAAGCCCUGGGGGGACAGAGCCCCAGGGAAAUGGAGUGGGAACUGAGCUGGAAACUAAGCCAUGAUUGGUGGCUGGGUGGGGAGGACUUGGGAUUGGUGGACUUUUUUUUAUUGGGGGGCAGGAGAGGGAGAGGAUUGUCUGGGUCACAGCCCCUGCUUUCAAAUAGUCCUUCUACUCCCAGGAUCUCUGCCAGGAAGGUUGGGGUCCCUCCUGUUUACCCACUCUGGGAUGGGAUGAGGGAACAAUGGGGCAGCUCCAUCAGCAGUUAGCAGUAGCCCUCCUCUUGGGCGGCCCCACUGGCCGGGGCUCUGGCCUGCUAGAUUAAAGCUGUAAA